UAAUAAAGAUCAAAUUUCUCUCUCUUCAAAGAACGGAAAAAAAAAACGAAACUUUAUUUCUCAAAUAGGAAAGAAGGAGCUUUCUUGUAGAAUUGAAUUGUGCCGUGCCUGGUUAAAGCAAAUUGAAUUCUUUUAGAUUCUCAGACAACGUAACGAAUCACUGUUUCGUGUCUGUCUGAUUUGUGCUUGUGUCCCUCUCUCUCUUUGCUUUUCUCCAUCUUCACUUUCUAUUUUUUUCUCGAGAAAAAAAAAAAAAACCUUUUUCUGAGCUUUCCGGGAAAGUUUUGUCAGAUUCGAUCACAAUCUUUAAUCAUCACCAAAGUCGCAACCUUUAGAAUAUGAAACCACCACAAUCAGCUUCGUUAGAUAGGCGGAGAGACGAUUUCCGGCGAGGAGGCUCCGACAUAUUCGAGAUCAUCGAUCACGCCAUCAUGGUCGCUGCCACAGAUUGUCCGAUCAAAUUCAAAUCGAGAAGAGACAAAAUCGCAGAGCUUCUCUUCUCCUGCAGAGUCACUCUCUGCACGGGAUGCCACCGCGAGCUAUCUCUUCCCGGAGAAGACGAGGCGGUUGAUGGCGGUGAGGAUGAUGUUGGUGGUGUUGGAAGUAAAGAGAGCAAAGCUAAUAGUAGCAGAGGAGAUAACAAUCAGAUUGUUGGCAGUUAUAGUUAUGAUGAUGAAGCUGAGGCCUUGAGCGAUGCGAUUGAAGAGUUCUCUAUGGUUUCUAAGGAAGUUGUUAGGAUCAAAGAGAUCUUGCUCAACAAAGACGACGAGCCACACUCGGUGAUACUUGAGGCUUUGAGAAAGCUAAAGUUGAUGUCUUUGGAUGUGGAUGUUCUCAAGAGUACUGAGAUUGGGAAGGCUGUUAAUGGUUUGAGGAAACAUGGUUCUGAUAAGAUUCGCCAACUUGCAAAGACUCUGAUCGCAGAGUGGAAGGAGCUUGUUGAUCAGUGGGUGAACACCACCAAGGAGAUCGCUGGUGGUGCUGAAGAAGAAGUGUUUCCUUCACUUCCAUAUGGUGUUGAUAUCUUUACACCGGAAGCAAACGGUUUUGAAAUGUUUAAUGGAGAUUUCUUUGAUUCAUUGGACUUUGAUGGAAAUCCUUGUAACUCUGGGGAAUACAACACAAGCCGAGCACACGAAAGAAAACCACAGAAGAGAAGACCAGAGGGAACACAAAUGAGGAUACAGAAGCCAUCAUCAGCUGAUGGGACUAGGAGACCUCUUAAUCAAAGGAUGAAGAACGAAGUGGGAUCUGUUCACAAGUCUGAAAGCCCCAUGAUCCAAAGGAGGAAACCUCCACAAGAAAAACUUAUAGGUCUUGACGCAGACGCAAAGUUUGAGUUUGCUAAGAGGAAACUUCAAGAGAGCUACCAACAACAUGAUAAAGCCAAGAAGCAGAGAACAAUACAAGUACUUGAGACGAUACCAAAGCAAGGUAGUAGUGCUGCUCAGAAACCGCAACUCAAGAGACCUGGAAUGAACAACAGAAGUUGGUCUAACGGUCGUAAAUAGCUUUAGAUUGGUGAAUAACUUUCAGAGGAGAAAGACAUUAUUUACAUAAAUACCACAAAUAUCUGCAAGCUCCGGUGAAAUAAGGUAAAAGCAGAGUCUAGUUCCACAAGCUUUGAGACAGAGACAAGCAGAGGAUGGAUGACGAGCAGAUUCCACAACCUAACUUUUCUUUGAACAGACUCUUUUUUACUCCUAUGUUUUCGUUCCGUCUUUGAUUCACCAAUUUGCAGCCUGUUAGGAUCCUAACUAGUGUUACGUUCUUGAGACUUUCGGUACAGUUCCGGUUUAGUUCAAUCCCGUUUGUUCGGUUUUGGGAGA